GCCGAUGAGUUGACCUCGCUAGCCACAGGAGGAGUGCCUGGCUUGCUUCACUCAUUGUGCAUAAACGCAGCCUGUCCUUGUCGUGCUCGUGCAGAAAACAUUUCAGGUAAGAAAGAAAAUAUAUCCAUGAUGGAACGAAAAUGACAUCUCUUCAAGGAACGGCGAAGAUUUCCAUUCGAUCGGUGGUCGCGGCGAUUAUUACGAGUUUCCACUGCAGCUUGUCGUGGUCGUCAUAUUUGCAAGUAGGACAAGAACUACGAGUUUCUUUCGCGCGCGCCGCCGCGACCAGAGCGAAUGCGCAGGACGAGACGAGUAGCAGUAGCGCUACAACGCAUGCAAUAAACGUGGCGGAGCAGGAACGGACUGUAAGUGCUGCUACUUCAUCAUCGCAAAUCCAACAGGAGAACAAGUACCUGGAUACAACAAGCGAUACCAACGCAGUGCCGCAACAUCUGAGCAAUAAUGAAGGACGAAAGGCGAGGAGCACACCAGUUGGGGAGGAUUUUCUUGUUGCAUCUGACGGUAGUAUCGGAACGAGUUUUACCGCCAAAGAGAGUUUUCGACGCAGAAACGAUGGGAACAAUCAGAAUCUACAGCUGCGGGAAAGUGAGACGCGCAAGACCACCAAACGUAUUCUGGAACCAACACCAGAGUUUUAUGGUCAACAUCCUCCGAAGAGUCCAGACGGGCUCGGAGAGUUUCUUUUGCCUGGUGGUGUACAGAGAUUCUCCUUGUCGUCCGACGACAAAGUCUUCCGGAGCAGUGGCGUGCAGACGACGACGUCGUCUUCCGGAGCUGUGGCACUAGAAGAGGCAGCUACAGCUAGUACUAGUAAAAGUUCACCGACGUCGGCGGGGCCGGGGGCAAACCCGAACAUGCUGAGCAAGAUGAACAACCUGGUCGGCAGGUCUUCUUCGAGCAAAAAUCCCGGCCAGCACCCGCCUCGCCUUCUGCGCCGGAUGAGUGACGACCCGGUACAGUUGUCGUUGGGCGUUGAUGACUUCGGUGAAAAAGUAGAUACUGGCAACGUAUUAGAAGCACAAAAAAUGGCAUCUUCAAGCGACAGCACGAUUAAAAACGACGUAAACAAAGAUCCUGCACCAGGCCCGACUCAAAAACAUUCUCCCAUACUAACCGCUGAUGUCGUCGACAGCAGGAGCUGGAACUACAAGCAGCACGCAUCAGCAUUUUCAUCUCCUUCAGACGAUUUUUACUUCGGAGGGACAAAUCUGGGAGAGCAGGCAAGGUCGUCUGGCGGAGAAGAAAGCGGCCUGUCGUGGUCUUCACAGCGCGAUGUCCAUGUGGUCGUCGAUCCGUUGAGUGACGAAUACGUGAAAAACGGAGAUGCAAAUAAAAUGAAUUCCUACGCCGGGAAGAAGAGCCAGGAUUCAACAAUUCUCUCCACAACUUCUUCCUCCGAUACAACAGCAUUGCCUGCUUCCCCUGAAGAAACUGCAGCAACUUCUACUGACGGCAAAGAGAUGAAACAAAAACAAGCGAGUUCCGGACCCGGAGAAAUAAGCGGUCCCCACAAAGGAAAUACAGGACGAACCGGUGGGACCACAGCGAGCAAGGCGAAAGCCGAAAUCGACAAUAAGCGUUCGUUUUCCGCUAUUUUCUCCACUGUUUUUUCCAACGUGCUCAGCUACUUCUUUGCCGAGGAGUCCUCGUCUGACGGCGCGAUCACCGGUGCCGGUUCUUUGGUGAGACAAGUUCUCGAAGGCACCGGUUUGGAGCGCGACCCGCACCAGACCCUGCCGUCCUCCGACCUGGAGUACACCCUGCGCAAGCGGUUAAACACCCAGGACCUGGCGGUGUUGCUGUUGCUCGUCACGUUUUACUGGAGCUCGCUGUUUCUGGGGAUGCAGUUGGUGUACCGCCUGUCGAAGAAUGAUUCCUCGGUGAAGUACUACAACAACGCCAGAGGAGUGUACUCAAUCACGGACAAAAGCAGUGAAGAGCACGACGAGGAUCUCAAUUUUCUAGGGGAAGCGGAUGAAAAGAGCCGUCCGUUAAAGACUGCUCCUAGCACUUCCACUUUCUCUAAGAAUAAAUCCAGGAAAGAAGAAGAAGAAGUGGCUGCGGCUGUUGCAGUUUCAUCAGAGAGUAAGACCAUGUGCGAGACUGGGCAAGGCGCGGGGGCAGUGCUUGCCGAGGAGGCUCUAUUGCAACGAAAAGAUUCUGAUUCUUCCUUACCUCAGCCUUCGCCGUCACAACACCCGGCACCGUCUGCUUCGAGGAGGUUUUUCCCAAGAGAUGAAAACACUACUACACCACCAGAACCACCAGCGGCACCAACUGCACAAGACAGUCCAACGACCAGCACGAUCGGCCCACCGGAAGAACGUUCCCACUUUAUGAACUUGAUUUCCGGCAAUUCUACUAUUUUUACCAGCACAUCAGGAGGAGCUCUCUUCACAAAAUUGAUGAGUUUCCUGCUUCUCUGUUACACUUGCUGUGCGCGAUUUCUCCGCAGUGUGAAGACCAAGCUCUGCAGCCCGGGGCUCUGCUCCUUGUUCUACAUCGCCGUUCCGCAGACGAACUGUCAGGAGCUGCUGUUUUGCGACACCGAAUUCGAUUGGGACGCGUUUCAGAAGUCGUUUUUUUCGCCGCCCGCGGAAGUGAAGCUGCGGAUCCGAGGGUGGAAAAACUCGGUGUUGUACGACCAACAGAUGGGCGGGAGCCAGCAGCAAUCCAGGAAUGCUUCUUCCCACGUUCGCGGCGGCAGUAGUACACCGGCAACUACCCGAGGAUUGUUUGGCGGCGGAGCUGGCGGCGUUACCAGUGCAGCACCUGGAGGUAGAAAUUCACCAACAACUACAGCGAACACAACAAACGAAGUUGCUCCGCCACCAGCAGGCAACACCAGCGCUUCGAUGGCCUCUCUGAACAACAUUGCGAGCUCGUUUUUUCAGGCCAUUGUGCCACUUCCGACGUCGAUCUUCAGCAGUGGCAGUGUGACGGUGAAUGCCAGCAGUCCUCCGGGGAGGACAAACGGGAAUGAUUAUACCAGUAGUAGCACGACGACGACAACGACUGCCGUCGGUCGUGAUGCUGGCGUGGGGACGAGCAACACCGUUCCUGCAAUUCGUGGGACGAUGUUGAAUACGACGACCGGCGGGGGUGGUUCAAAUCAAACGAACGACACGAAUAGGACAAUUUCAUACAGCCAAGAAGUAGAACCACAUCAAAUAACUGCGUCGAACACGACUACAGCAACAGCAACAGGAAGCACAAGUACUACAGCCUUUCGUAGUGGUAGAGCAAGUCAUCUGAGUCCUCCUCCGUCACGCCCAGCUACAAGUCCAUCCCGGGCACUCGAUUCAAACACGGUAAUAUUAAAUCCCAGUCCGACUGCUCAACAAGCGUCAUCCCGGAGCCGCAGUUCCGGUGGCCGCGGUCGGGCGCGCGGCGGGGGCCGGGCGGGCAACAAUAACAGCAGCGCGACAACGAGAAAUUCUACUUCUUCAUCUUCUGGUGUGCCAGGAGUGGGAAAUAAUGCUGGGACGACUGCUCCUGGUCAUCGUGGUCCUUCAACAGCUUCGAUUGCCAAUGGGAAUGCAACAGCGAGUUCUGCAGGAACUCCUGGUCCUUCACCUUCUGUAACAAAGAAACUUACGCCGGCGUUCGACAUUGUCCUGGAUCUGAAAGACUUCAUUGUCGCAGCGGAAGAAGCUGAAUCUUCUGGUGAAUUACACGGAGCUGGAAAUCUUCUAGAACAAGCCCCCGGGGGCCGUGGUCAUCGUGAGACGAGUUUAAUACGGGAUGAGGACCACUGCACAUCGCCGGCGGUUCAGGAGCGCGUGGCGCGUGCCGAAAGGGACCAGCAGCUCCUCAUCGCCGCAUACUUGACGGACAACUUCAGCAAGAGCUCUUAUGCGACGAGCCAGCAGAGUUUCCUGCUGCCAAAACACCUUCGGACAACGAUGAAAAGCAGUACUUUUACAAAGCACGGAUUGUACUAUGAUCGAGAAGACGAUACGAACGCCUUGUACAACUGCGGUACUAGUAAAUGUAAAUCAGAACAAUCAGGUUGUUCUGGAUACAAAAAUAAUCCAGCUUCGGCAUGGUCCGCAGGGAGUUGUGCCAGCUGGAUUUGUUCGUUCUUCCCUACCGUCGGCACGGACGACCUGAAUGUGCUGCAGAUCACGAAGCAGAUUAGCUGGGAGAAGAAGGAAUUUCAGAAGUUACAGAAAAAACUGAAAAACUUCCUGGAGACCGAGCUGUCCUUUCCUUGCCACGUCGUGAGCACCGUCAGCGAAAAGUACAACUACCACGCUAGCAAGUCGUCCGCGAUGAGCAGUAGCAGCACGACGUCGUCGAUCAACAGCUUUCUGAAUCUGAAGCCCUCGACCAAUAUUUUCGACCGCAAUCCCCGGGCGGUCGCCACUGCGUUCCGGAACAAUUUGAACCUGGUUGAGUUGCAGUUCACGGAGAAGCAGGUGCUGCACGUCCAGAAAAACAAGCCACUCGGAAAUUUUCUCCGGAACCAGACCACUGCGAUUCUGUUCGCCGCGUCCUUCGUGUUUCUUUGGUUUUACCUACUCUACGUGCAUGUCUACACGAAUCUGUUCCGGGUGACAAGGAAAUUCAAAGUCAAGGUCAUAUCGUAGGAAAAAAGUGUUUCACUGUAAGCAUUCACUUUGCAUCAAGCUGGGCAAGAACACAAGUUUGCUCUACAUGACAAAAAGUAUUUGCAAUGCAAGGUCGUAGUUCCAUAGAGAAAAGACGAAUGAAAAUCCACCGUCUUGUUUGUGUAGAACGACAGAGAUGAAACUCUGCUGCUUUGCGUGCUCUGCACGACAAGUUUACCGUGAAACAGGUUUUGCUUUGCAUAAGUCAAGGCCGAGGACUACUGGCACACCUUGACGCCGGACUUGCGUCGAAUCUUCCAGCAGGUGCCAAGGGUCGCAGCUCCGGGACUUGCUACAACAAGGCCGACGGCGGGGGGCGGAGCGGGCGUUGGUGGGGGAAGUGCAGGUAGGUGAGAGAGCAGUGAUGAGUGUGCGGGUUCACGUACUAAGUUCACUACACUGCAAGAAAUCAUGUCACUAGUAGGUGGAUGUGAAUGUGUAAGAUGAUUGAACUUGAUGACUUUUUUCCAUGUUUCAACAACUUCUACAACCGGCAGGAACUUUUCUAAAUGCAAUGUAGGAUGCGGAUGCGUAUCAUACGCGGUUCAUUGUCGUUGUAUUUAAAUGUAAUGCGGGGCGGGUCUUUAUUUCCCAUCCGCCGUUCUGAAGAUAAUGCGUGUAAGUGCAUAAACAAAAGAUGUCGACGCUGUACUUCUUAGGGAAAGAAUUUACGUCGCAAGCGUUUAGUUAGAAAAAGAAAAAGAAUAAAAAACUUGUCACUGUGGCGAUGUUAGUUUCGAAUUCCAAGAAAGCACUUUCACUCCGGAGGCGAGAGAUCUUAACCUGACAAAGAUGGAGAGGCUUUUACUACUUCAUUCCCAGUUCGUGGCUUGAGCCGCCGCAGCAAAUUCAUGGAAAAAUUUGUUCUUUGGAACCGAACAGCAGAAGAC